UGAUCAACGUAAACAACUAAUAACUGUUCAGAUUUCAUAGUUCUGUUGCUGAUUUUAUUAUUAUAAAAUAAAACAUGAGCGCUUCUGAGAAUCUACAUGCUCGAAAACAAGAUGAGAAAGUCAAAGAGGAGAAGUCUCUUACUAUACCGGUACCGGUAGUAGUUGAGGAAGACCACCACCACUCGGAUAUCGAGAAUAAUGAGUCCAAAACAACUCCGGCUGUUUCGCUGCCAAUGAUUCGCUUUUCCUCGCCACAAGUCAUGAUUUAUGUGUACACGGCAACUUUCUUUGGAGCAAUGAUUGGAAUGGAGGUUGCAAUGGAAGCAGCAUCGGAUGCCUUUUCAGACCUGAGGGCCUUGGGGAGUGCCAUUACUUUUUUUCAGAUGAGCUGGUGUGUCUUGUUUCCAUUGGCAAUUUCCAAGGGGAAAGGAUUAGAGAACUUUCCAAGAACAAAACAAGAUCUGCUGCCCUACAUUAAACUUUCCCUUCUUGUUUUUGGGGCAACGGGUCUUGCCAAUGAGGCGAUACUUUACGUGACAUAUCCUACCGGAGUGGUCAUCAAGAGUGCCAAACUCAUCCCUACCAUGGUAGUGGCAACCGUCUGGCAAGGACAAGGAUAUACCAGGUUGGAAUAUCUUGCCGCUCUACUUCUUUGUGCGGGGGCUGCUGGAUACUCCUAUGGAAGUGGAAACGAUCACGACGCAGAUGCCACAAUUGCCCCCUUCUCUGCCAACGCUGCCUGGGGAGUCGCGCUGUUGCUCGUUAGCAUUGUUUGUGAUGCAGUUGUCCCCAACUACCAGAAAAUACUCUUGAAUCAAGGCGUCCCUGUGGCACAGCUCAUGAUCAAUUGCAAUGAUGUGGGCACUCUUGGUGUCGUGGCCUACAUGAUUGUGACGGGCCAGCUCUUUGCCGUCAUUCGAACCUGUUAUAACCAUCCCCAACUCUUCAUGUAUUUGACGUUUGUGGGGAUUGGCCUUUCGACAGCUGUGUGGGCGUAUACAAAGUUGAUCCAGGCUACAUCCUCUGUGAUGGCAGUGACAGUAUCCACGCUCCGAAAGGUGGCCACCAUGUUUCUAUCCUGCAUCAUCUUCCCCAAGCCUCUGCUAACAAUCCACAUUUAUUCUGGAUGCUUGGUUUUGUUGGGAUUGGUCUUGUCGAGUGUGGCAAAAGAAAAAUUGGGUAAAACGAAGGUGGAACUCGACGACGAGUCGGAGUCUGAGAAUUGUUGCUGGUGCGGUAUCAGUAGUAAUGUGAAUGUGGGACAGGUGGUGCAUCGUAGAGAAAGAACAGGAGAUAGGAAGUAGAUAUAUUUGAUGUGAUAGAAUGAAUGCGUUGAAACCGUAAUAGAACGUGUCGACCGGUGUUGGAUAUCUCUCUCCCGAAAUCUCUGUGGCUACCAAGCGAGUCCAGAAGCAAUGAUUACAUUGCAUGCCUGGAAACCAGGGGGGGAAAUAUCUUUCGCAUGCAUUCUCAAAAUACCUUCCAUGCUUGAGUAAUACCAACAUUAGAACACUUUCUUCUUCUCAAAAACUCUUCGACCUUCCCCCUUACUUUGGCUAUGAUCCAGUGCGUGUCCACAGCGCCCUCGGCAAUGCCUUGAUGUUGGGUCAUGUGACGAUCGGAUU